AUAUUAAAUGUAAUGUCAUCACGAAUAACAAAGAAAAUAAAAUGACUUUAUAUCUACACUAUAGAGUACUUUAAUAGAACAAAAGUAAAGAUUGUAAUCAUUACAUUUUAGUUGAAUCCUAAUAAUAAGGACAUUAUUUUCAAGACGUUCAAUAUUUCAGUUAAAAAUAGAAUGAAUUUAGAAAUUACUUCGCUACCAUCACCGUUAAGAGUAAUUGUUGUCAACCCUCUUGUGCCAGCGGCACAGUUAAUUGCUGUCAAAAUUUUAUCUGGUACUGUGUUCGGAACCAAUCAACUAAUUGAUCUUACUCUUUUGGUUUAUUCAAAUGAAUUACAGAUGGCUGAGGCUUUCAUACUGGAGUUGGAAAAUUGUGCUUUUUCUUGUGUGAAUUCCAUGCAUACGUCAUCCAAUUUACCGAGUAUUACAGACGCAGACGUAUUUUGUUUCAUAACUAAUUUUCCCAAUCCAAAUUGUAUCGACUUUUACAACGUUAUUACUGAUGAAAUGUUCGAUUCAUUUUACUUAAUUAUAAAAAUUGCCAACAAUUUAUUUGGGCCUAUAUCGAACAUCGCGGAAAUUGUAAAAGAAAAUGUAAUAAACAAGAAAAAUAUUAAAUCUGAGCAAAAGCCCAUAUUUAUUGCUGACGGCUUGGUAGCGAUAGACAUUCUAAAGUCUUUGUCAACAAAUGUGCCGUAUGAUGUAUUUUUUUGUCCGACACCUUUGACGUCUAUAGGUAAAAAUAUCCUAGGAGAAUAUUUAAAGGUUGAAACCGAUGAAAUCAACGACUUGCUUGUAUGGGCUGCAAACGACAGUGUGUUUCAUGUGGAAGUAGAGAAACCAUUAGUUAUACAAGACACAAUUAGCGGUGAUAACUGCGACUGGAAUUUGGUUGGAAAAGAUGUAUUAAGAAAAACAAAUUUAGACCAUACACAAUUUAAUGAGUCUUGGUUGAAGAAAGAUUUUAUAGAAAAGAUGGAGUCGUUUGCGUCACGGAAUCCCUACGGAUGCAUAUAUAAGGCUUCUCAAAUUUCCAAAACUUUGCAAGACAUUUGGGCGUCACGUUCUACAGAAUGUGAAUUGAAAUCUUAUUGCAGCAUGGGAGUCAUUAGCGAUGAAUCACUGGGGACAAUAAAAGGCCAUCCCUAUGUACUUCCGUUAAUUUUUUCUGGAGAUCAUUGGUGUGUAAAUGAAAGGUUUAAGGAGAACACUCAUCUCAAAAUGGAAAUUAAGAGGAUUAAUAAAGUGGCCCAAGAGCAGCACGAAAAAGUCAUGUGCUAGCGCGUGGCUUCGACCGACUGCAAUGCACUCGAGGGCACACAAUGAUGGAAUGCAGCCAUAAAACAGAACGUUCAGUCCGGCUCGGACAAAUCACAGGCAUGUAAUUCAUGUAUCUAUCUACCUACACGCAUCACGCGACAUCCGAAACUCAUGGUUUCAUUUUCAGCAUACAGUGAAAAAAGACAAUUAGGUACUAUACAUUCGUUGCGUGCCAGUCUUUUUUAUUUAAUGUUUACAAUAAAUAUAUUAUGUGUAUUUUUUUAUAGAUAGCACAUGUCGGUACGUUUAGGAUUUAAAGGAUUUUAUGUCAAGGUAUUUUGAUAAAAGAGUAAAUAAGGCUUAGUAGGUUUAUGAGUCUAUAAGCCUCUCAUGAAUGUAAUUAAAACAAAUGAAAAUCUAAUUUUUUUAAUACGUUAAAUUUUAAUAUUAUAUGACGGAUAGAUGUUGGUUC